AUGGAUGAUGUCCUGCCGCGCGUGGACGAUGUGUCGGAUAGCAGCAGCGGUGUAGCAGCUGAAGCCAAGACUGCCCCGCGAGCGCGGGGAGUAAAGAGGAAGGCCCCAUUGGAUAGUGAAGUAGAUCUGCGGGCCGCUUUGGGCAAGUCUUGCCCCUGCAAGAGCAAGUGCUUUGAGCAGUUUCGGGAUGGGGACGGGUUCUCUCUCCUUUUGCAGCUACGCACCGAUUGGUGCCAGACGCACAAGCUAGACCAAGACAAAUUAGCAUUUGAUUUGAUCAAGGACCACGACAGUGAUGGGCAAUCGCGGCAGUGGCUGCUGCUGGGCAGAAAGGUGUGCCUCAAGGCAUGGAAAAGGCUCCGCGGGGUCGGUUCGCGGCGAUUCAACAAGCUGAGAGCCGCUGUCGGAGAUGGCUUAGUUGCACCACCCGUUGAUUUAAGAUAUCUCACACGGCCUGGUUCAGAGUCUGACAGCGAAGUCCGCUCUUCAGUGGCAUCCUUUUUGAGCGAAAUCUAUCACUCGGUAGCGGAGACGCUGCCAGACUUCCGAGACGACACUGCAGAUGAUGACGUCCCUGCCAUGAUUGAAGUUGAUAGGGAGGAAGAACAUGACCCCUACGGGGAAUUCCUUGAAUCCCCAGACGCUGUUACUGUUAUGAAAGUGAACGCCGUGACUGGGGAGCCAAAGCGGAAGAAACCUCGCAAAAUGAGAGGAUCCAUCAAGCUGAACCCCAGUCGCGCUGCACAGGUGGAUUCGGUGGAAGGAGAGGCGGGCUGCGAACCACGCUGGCUUCCACCUGGCCAGAUCAAGGACUACUGGGAGCAAUAUCGGCAGAGGCACAAAGCAACGACCUUCAAGUGUGCGUCGUUCACUCUCUUCUACCGCGUUUGGCUAUCAGACUUUCCAUUCCUGAAAUUUCGCGCGCAAAGGCAGCACCCUGAAUGCGCUGUGUGUGUGAAGCACAAGAUGGCAAUACGCAACCUGGGACACCACCUAAAUGCACGACAGAAACAGCAAGAAGAAUUUCACAGGCACCUUCACCACCAAUACCUUGACCGACUACAGUAUUGGUCCUGGCGCGGCAUUUCCAGGGCGCGUGGUGCGAGCGUAACUCUUAUCAUCGACGGAAUGGACCAAUCAAAGUUCGGAUACCCGAGGGCACCCUGCCUCAGGUCCAAGGACUUUGCGUCCUUCAGCCGCCCACGGGCACAUGUCAUCGGAUGCAUAUCACACGGGCGCUCAAUUUGCUUCGCUGUGACCGAACCGGACUUGCCAAAGGACAGUACAACGCACGUGGAGUUCCUAGCGUUUGUAUUGACAAAGCUAUCGCGCGAUGGCCUAUCACUGAGUGAUGUAGAGCUCACCGUGAUGUGUGACAACACUCCCCGGGAGUGCAAAAAUAAUACGAUGCUGCAGUUCUUAUCAUCCAUGGUGAGCAAAGGAACGCUGAGGGAGGCUACUUUAAGUAGCCUCCGCUCAGGCCACAGCCAUGAGGACAUCGACCAAACCUUCGGACGAUUAUCAAAGUACAUGGCAAGGCAUGCUCGGCUGGCGCAAACACCCAAUGACUUCAUCCAUAUUAUCAGGAAGUUCUUGCAAGAGUCUGAUUUUCCGUAUGAGAACUGCUCCAAACGGUACGUGACCAAGAUCGACCAAACCCGAGAUUGGCAGUUUCGUUGCACAGAGUGUUCACUGCGUGUGUUUUUGCUAUAUAGAGGUGUUCUGUUUGGUAGGUGUUUGUUUUUGACGGCUCAGGAAAAGUUUUCUUAUGGGCGCGGUGCCCGUGCACAUUAA